AUGACUUCAACAUCAUCUUCAUCAUAUCCAAGUACCAAUAAUGUGGAAAUUGAUUUCUAUCAUACCACAAUAAAAAAUUCAAAAGGGGCAGUGGAAACCUACGUUGCUUCCAUAAAUUCUAACAUAUCAAAAUUUCCAACUUUACCUGCAGAUGGGUUCAAAGUCAUUUAUGAUUUAUAUGCAAAUGGAGAUAUCAUAUUAAAUAAUGAACAGCCAGAUUAUUUAAAACAUAUUGCAAAAUACUUAUUAUUAUUUUGGAAAUCAAGAGGUUAUGAUAUUAAAGUUGAUUUUGAAAAUAAAUCAAAUUCAAUUGUUUUACAUUUAGAUUGCAAAAUUUUAAAAAAGUUUGAAAGUUUUAAUGAAGAAACAUGGUUUGUAGCUGAUACUGCAAAUACAAUUGAAAUUGAUUUAUUUAUAUUCACCCCAAGACCAGAAUUGAAUUAUGCUUGGACGGUAAGACCUUUGAAUAAUGUUUUAAGUUGUUUAUAUAUCGAUCUUGAACAUAAAGUACCAUUAAUCAUGUCCUUAUAUGCAAGAAAUUUGUUACACAAUCAUAUCACUUCUCAAAAAUUGUUAGAUGAUAUUAGCGGGAUUAUUUUUGAAUCUGAUUCUGAAGAUAGUGGUGAUGAAAAUACUGUUGAUGAUGAUGAUGAAGAUGUAUUACCUGAUCGACCAGCCAGUACCACGAAAAUUCAAUUAACAUAUAAACAUGCAAAUGCAUUCCCAUUCAAAGAAACUCAACAUCCAUAUGAUGAAAAAUUGGCUAAAAAAUUAAGAAAAUGGAAAAAGAGUGAAAUUGCAGGUUUUCAAAAUAUAAGUGCAAAAUUCAUUGAAAAUCAGGCAAACCCUUUGAAAGAAAUUUCAGUAAAAUAUUAUCAAAGUGAAUCCUUGGCAAAUUUAUCAAAUCGUGUAACAGCUUUUGAUGAUAUUGAAUGUAAAGAUUAUAAGCCAUGUCUUUCAGUAUUUUGCAUUGAUCCAGAAAUAAAUGGUUUGAAAAUUCGUGAUUAG